AUGCCUUGGGUUUUAGGGAACAGCAGUGUGAUAACCCUUGACUUGAACAUCUACGCCGCUGGUGGUGUGGUACCGUUUGUAAUUCGAGAUGCUCCUAUAUGCCGCAAGACUAUCCUGUCAACCUUUGCCUUUCAUAAUUCAGAAUUUAAUGCUGCGUCAUCUGCACAUCCUGGCGACAUUCGUACGGUUAGUCGCUUUCAGCUCCUCCACGAAUCUCAUCCUCUCUGCUUCCUGGGCUUGUUGUACUGCUAUCCACGUGUUUCAUCUGAUGCAACGUCUUCCUCUCAAUUGCCAACUGAGAGGAAUACGAUGGUUUUCUGUUUCCAAUACUCUACGCAGAAUGCAGGCGGAGAACAUAUGGACAGGGCGGCCAAAGGGAGAAUACGGCGGGGAGACUAUUCCACUUCUGAUUCUUCGGAUAUGGUGAGUCCUCGUCGACAGCGAGCUGGCACCUGCGCAUCCAAACACACAACUCUCCGCUGCUUUUCCAGAGUUUGCGUCCCUGCUCUAGCCCCCGCUGCUGCGUCUCUCGCUCUCUCUCUGUUCUUGAUCACAAAAGGUGACCUCCGAUUCCGAUGCUAUGUUGGGCCCUCUAAUUAUUGGCGGAUAGGUGCGAAUCUUGAUAUCAUGGAUGUUGUUUGUGUUCCGGAAUUACUGCAGACUCACCUGCUGUUCAUGAGCCAAGCACAUGCGCUGCGCCUGCUUGGCCUGCUACGGCUGACAGCUUUGGUUUAUAGUGGAAAACCGGAGAGCGCGAUGACGGCUUGGCCCGACCUCAAACACGGGCCCCGCGUGUGCUUCUUUGUGCAGAUGGAGGAGAAGGAGGUAUUCUGUUUUCGGGAGAUAGCGUCCCCGCGGAAUAUUAUCAUUUGCAAUGGUAGAAUUGUGGGAGUUGUUGACUGGGAACUUGCAGGCUGCUUCCUUCAUAAGCGGAAGAGCUCGUGGCAGAACGCCUUCUUUGGAGACUCUAUAAUGAACCAGGAAGUGUUUCACGCAGUUGGCGUUGAAUUUUGUGAUAUCAAAGUUCGGUAUCUCUAA